AUGGACACCCAACGCUACUAUCGACUCAGGUGCUCAGUACCACAGCCACCGAAACUUUACAGUCUGCCGAAACUACACAAACCUUGUUUCCCAAUGCGACCUAUUGUUUCUUUCUGUGGUUCUCCGACAUACCAACUGUCCAAGUACCUGACGACGAUACUACAACCGCUCACCGACAAAUCCAGACGUAAAUUACAAUCCACCGAGGACUUCAUUAGCGCCACUAAGACUGUACAGAUACCUGACGACUACAAAAUAGUGUCAUUUGAUGUGAAAUCGCUUUUUACAAGUAUUCUACUUCAACUGGCGCUACAAUGUACUGAGACUGCUAUCUUACAAUCUACCGACAGAGGACUUUAUGGACUUACUAAACCUUUGCCUGACGUCAACUUAAUUUCAGUACAACGGUAA